AUGGACGUAGUCACUGUGCCGCCCCCUCGGUCGAACCUCAAGCCUUCCACCUACCGCUACGCCGACUUGGAGGGUCGCAUCCGCGACGAGAUAGGGCGCACGUCGUACAUCAACGUCGGCCUUCUCCUGCACUCCCUGUGGGAUGGCGGGUACAUGAGAGACUCAACGCGCACGACCACCGACUUCUUUGAGCGAGUGAAGCGCGACGUUAAGUAUCUAGCGUCGACCACCCGCGAGGGUCAAUGGGAAGCCCCCGCAGGCGCCUUCUUCGUCCACUGGAAGUUCGGCCGGGCGUACCGCACGCUCUGGCAGGAACACAAGGCCAAGAACACCCUCGACGGGCCCCCCACGGACGCUUGGGCGAAGGAAGAGGCUGCCGGGCAGUCAGGAAUACCGGAUGAAGGUCUCACCAUGGUAUACUUCCACGUCUGCGCGGAUCUCGCCAAGACCCUUACGCUACGGGCAAAAACCUUCUCGGACCUCUUCAUCCCCGGCAACAUCAUGCGCCGCCUAGUCGCCAAGGCCGUCGACCCCAACGUGAUCGCCAUCUACGCCCGCUUGCCUAACGGCGCGCUCCUUCGCAUAAGUUGGUAUGAAGCGCUGCCGGUGCCCCAGCCGCCCUUCAAGAGGGAAAUACACCUGGAGCUUCAUGCCAAGGUGUGGCAUCCCCCAGCCAUCACCCUCACGCAUCGCCCUCUAGGAGAAACAACCAUCUGCUUCUUCUAUAACAAGUUCAGCGAGGAGCCCCUCGCCUUUUACUUUCCCAUCCUUGAGGGCGGGUGGCUCGAGCUCUGGCCUGCUCGGAAGUUUCUCAAGGCGCGCGGGGUGCGGUGGAACAAGAACACUGUCAUUAUGCGCAGCUCUACCGUCAACCCCGCCAGUAUGCUGGAGGCAUCCUGGAAAGACCCCAUCCCUGUGCCAGCAGAAAACGUGUACUGUGUCGUCUUUCGGCUUUACUGCUCGAAAUGCCUCCUGAUGGAGCCGUUCCGCAUACUGCGCGCGGACCGCCACUUCUGUACCGAACGUCGAUAA